AUGUUAUUUAUCUACUUUUUUUCAAAAAUCAAAAAUUUAGAGUCAAGCCCGGGUUCACCAUGCCAAUAUUCACAACAAUGUGCCCUCCAAGAGCCAGGCUCAUUUUGCCGUCGUCUUAUCUGUCAAUGUCCAUAUGGAAUGCAAGUAAGCGCUGACGGCAGGAAUUGUGUCUUUACCGAUAGAAAUUGUACUAGACGAGGAGAAAUUUGGAUAUCUGAAAUUGGUCAAUGCAAACUUACUGUAUUACCUGGUUCUGGCCUUUGCACACACUCUAUGCAAUGUUCGGCUGUUGUGCAGGGGGCUCAAUGCGUUUUGGGAAAAUGUGUAUGCCCUCCAGAAUUGCCUAUUGCUAUUGACGGGACUUGUGGAGAACAAUGCCCACAAGGCCAGGCUUUUUCAAGUGUAACAGGCAGCUGCUUGCCAAGUUUGUUCCCUUUUUAA